AUGAAGUGUCUCGCGUUGAUAUUUAUCCUUGUUGCUGCUUUAGCGCUGUGCGCACACGCAAAACCAGAACCGGAACCUGCGAAAGUGCUGCGCGCCGUUUUUCCUCGCUCUCGCUCAUCUGGUGAUGUGAAGGAUGCACGUAAUACUAAUACUGCUGAUGACAAAAGUAAAUCUGACGUUGUCGCCGACUCCGAUGCCAAUGCCGAUGCGAAUGCCAAUGAGGAUGCCACCACCCCAAACAAAGGCUCUGGUGCAUCCAGCGGUCGUUUGUUUUUGAAAAAGCUCACGCUCUUUAAAAAUAUAUUCGGUAGUCAAGAACCCGCGGUUAUUCCGAUCAUCAUUGCCAAUUCCGGCACAGGAACAUACACCACUCCUACAUACACUUCUCCAACCAGUACAAUUACCACCACAGGCUCCAUUCCUACAGCGACGGGCAUCAUAAGCACUUCUCCUACCUCCGGUACAGGUACUGGUACAGGUACGUCGACCUCAACCGCCAGUCGGGGUGAUACGGGCCAGCGACAGCAUGAGCAGCCGGCGGAUGAGGCUGCUGUAGCCAUUGAUGAGGAACAAUUACAAGCAGCACUUGCUGCUGGCGCUCAAGAGUAUGUAGUGACAGAUCAGGAAAUUCGUGGAACUUCCGAUGCCAAGGCGACCAAGGGUCCGGCGCGCGUGAAUUUGCGACGGCCCGGCGGCAAAAAGGGCCAGUUCGUCACGGUGCGUAUACCGGCAAGAUACCGCCAGUACUUCAAGAAUGGACAAAAGGUUAUGCUAAAUACAGGUAAUCGUCCACCUAAGCGACGCGUGAUAAAAAGGAGACGCGUCAACAAAAAUCGCAGAAGGAAAGCUGGUGGAAAAAGACGUCGCGUAAAUAAUAAAUCAUAA